AUGCAUACAUGUAUGUGUAAAAAUUGCAUGCAGGAGGCUCUGGAAGCUUUACUACGCGGAGACACUUCGGAGUGUAGAGUUGACAAGGAUCUUAUCUUGCUUUAUGAAAGCUUCAGAACGGAUUCAUCGAAUCGUAUCUUGGGACUUGAACACCUGUUAUCGCAUCUACAAAGUUUGAGAUCUGGAUCAAGAGUUGUUUUCCUGACCAUUGCGAUCUCCCCAUGUAUAAUGACCACCGAUGUAUGCGGAGAGGCAGCACAAUCGGCUAUCACCAGCGAAAGCCUGGUGGACACAUACACGCUCAAAUGGGAUCAAUUGGAAAUCUUUCUGUUUCCUGGAUUUGAACGGUUAAAGGAAGCAGAACUCUUAGAGAUAUCGCACAGCGCCAUUCAAAAAGAACUCUCAAACUUACCUAUAGGGCAUCACGAUCGGCGCAGGCUAUUACUUCACAUGGGGCUACACUUUUAUCAAAGAUAUGAUCGGUCGGGAAACCCCGAAGAUUUAUGGAAAUCAAUUGAAUAUACGGAAGAAGCAGACAGAGUCGAAUCCUGCUCCUGCUACUACGUACUGCCGGAUCUAGGCCACUACCUCUCAGAUAGUUAUAAACGUUUGCGUAUUAACGAAGAUAUUACGGCCGUAGUUUAUCUCGCCAAGUUGAAAUUUUCGGAAUUACCUGUUGGGCACCCCGAUCGGGAAGACGCGCUUGAAAGAUUACAAGCCAAUCUUUUUCAUAAGUAUAAAAAAUACGGAAAGCUCCUUGAUCUAAACAAUGCUAUCAAGAUAGGCGAGGAGGAACUGGCGAUUAUUUCUACAGAUGACCCUAGGCAUUGGGCUCGUUUAUCUAGCUUGGCUUCACUCCUCGAGGCUAGAUAUAGCCACGACGAUAUAGGUGCUCUUGAGGAUCUUGAUCAGGCGUUAGAGUUCACCAUUGAGGCAAUCAAGAAAGCACCGAAAGAUGACCCUGAGCUAUACAUACAUGAAUACUCCCGAAAAUCUGGACUCCUUAAACUAAGAUAUCCAGCUUUACGGGACCCCCAAGACCUUGAGGAUGCCAUCGACCAGGGUCCCGGAGCGCUCGAGGAAGUAGUACCUAAACACGCUCGAUGGGCGUUCUUCCUUUCCCUAGUUUUUAAAACGCCAAAUGAUUUCGAGGACUACCGUGGUCAAUCGGUCCAUUUCUCCGCUAUGUCAUAUCAUUUGGGAAAAAGAUAUGAAGCCUCAGAAUCCUUGGAUGAUCUAGACAAUGCUAUUGAAAUGUCAAUCAUGGCACUUGAGGCGACACGACUCGCUGGCGACGAUGCGGCGCCUACCUUGAUCCAACUUAGCUCCCAACUGGGGUCUCGGUUUGACAAGUCCAACGCAUUGGAAGAUCUAGAGAAGGCUAUAGCACGAGCUAAGGAGGCAGUUGUAGCGAUAGAUGGAAGAUCGCCUAAGAGCUUGCGGAAUAUGUUACACGAUUUGUCUAUUUUACUUUUCGCCAGGUAUACUCGACUCGAUAACCUAGGAGAUUUGGACGAUUCAAUAGAGUACCAGCGCCAGGCACUGGAAGACGUUAUACCGAUAUGCGCAUGUCUAUAA